AUGAGUCGGCUUCCUUCGCUGCCGGCAAAGAGGUAUGUGCUACGGCUUUUCAUAUCACUCAAGUUUGUGACUGCCAAUGUCGUGGAUCGGCGGAGCGGGCGAGUGGUGGUGACGGCAUCUUCAGUGGAGAAAGCACUCAAAAAAGCGCUCGAGUGUGGUCGCACCUGCAAUUCCAAGGCAGCUGCAGCUGUCGGAGAAGUGCUCGCUGUACGCCUCAAGGUUGAUGGCCUGUCCCAGGAACCAAUAUAUGCUGAUGCGGCCAAGGAGGUGGAGAAGAAGGGAUUCAAGAACCGCACCAAGGUUUGGGCCAUCUUCAAUGCUCUCCGCUCGCAUGGUGUCAACCUCCAUCUUGACCAGGAUGACCAUGGGCCUCCUCCUUGCCCCUGA